AUGUCGGCCGCCAGCUGUCUGCUGACUGAAGAGCAGCUUCUGUGCGGCAUCUGUCUGGAUGUGUUCACUAAUCCAGUCACGCUGCCGUGUGGACACAACUUCUGCAAGAACUGCAUCAUGCAGCACUGGGAGACCAACAUCCAGUGCGAGUGUCCAACAUGUAAGGAGCCGUUCUACCGGAAGCUCGACCUGCGAGUCAACACCUUCAUCUCUGAGAUGGCCGCUCAGUUCAGGAAGUCGGCCGGAUGGCGAAGCCCCAACCAGCAAGUAGCCAAACCGGGGGAGGUUCCCUGUGACAUCUGCACCGAAACGAAGAUGAAAGCUCUGAGGUCCUGCCUGGUGUGUCUGGCCUCCUACUGCGAGACUCACCUGAAGCCUCACCUGACGGCGUCGCGCCUGAAGAGACAUCAGCUGACCGAUCCGGUGGAGAACCUGGAGGGACGGAUGUGCAAGAUACACGACAAACCUCUGGAGCUCUUCUGCAAGACGGACCAGACCUGCGUUUGCAUGCUGUGUCCGGUUCUGGACCACAAGUUGCACGAAGUCAUCCCGCUGAAAGAGCAGUUCGAGAGGAAGAAGUCGGAGCUCGGCAGGAAGGAAAGCGAAAUCCACAGAAUGAUCCAGGAGAGACGGCAGAAGAUCCAGGAGCUCAAACAUCUGGCGAAGCUCAGCAAAGAAACAGCAGAGCGAGAGAUGGCGGACAGCGCUCAGAUCUUCACCGCCCUCAUUCAGGCUUUGGAGACAGCCCAGGCGGAGCUCAUCGGGACCAUCGACAAGAAGCAGAAAGCAACAGAGAAUGAAGCCAGAAGAUUCAUCCAGGAGCUGGAGGAGGACAUCUCGGAGCUGAUGAGGAGGCGAGCUGAGGUGGAGCAGCUCUCCCGCUCCAAAGACCACCUCCACUUCCUGCAGAGCUUCUCCUCCCUGGGCGCCCCUCAGUGCACCAAAGACUGGUCGGACGUCCACGUUGACGUGCCGUCAUAUGAAGAAACCGUGAAGGCGGCCGUGGAUCAGCUGGAGGAGAUGUUCGGCAAGGAGAUGCCGAGGCUGCUCCGGGAGGCGAAGCUGAACCGGGUCCAGCAGUUCAUGGUGGACGUGACUCUGGAUCCCGUCACCGCCCACGGCGCCCUCGUCCUGUCCGACGACGGCAAGCAGGUGCAUCACAGCGUCGUGAAGAAGAACCUCCCCGACAACGGCGAGAGAUUUAACCCGAGCUGCUGCGUCUUGGGAAAGCAGAGCUUCUCCUCGGGGAGGUUUUACUUCGAGGUGGAGGUCAAAGGGAAGACGAGGUGGACGCUGGGAGUGGCCAAAGCUUCCAUCAAGAGAAAAGGAAUAAUCCCGCUGUGCCCAGAAAACGGCCACUGGACUGUUUGGUUGAAAAAUACCGACGAGUACGCCGCGCUCGUCGGCUCUCCGCUGCAUCUCUCUGUAAAGACAAAGCUGCAGAAGGUGGGAGUGUUCGUGGACUACGAGGAAGGUCUGGUCUCCUUCUACGACGUCGACGCUGCAGACCUCCUCUACUCCUUCACCGGCUGCUGCUUCACCGACAAACUCUUCCCGUUCUUCAGUCCUGGACUCAAUAACGACGGGAUUAACUCUGCACCGAUGGUCAUCUCUGCUGCUACUCGCACAGAUUUGGAUUUUUGAGUUUGUCAGGUCAGCACUUGUGAAUAUAAACGUUGGGUGUUUGUGUAAAUUCUGGGGAAAAAAAGGGAAACAUUAUAGAUGUAUGUAAUAGAUGUAUGUAGCUUUAUAGAAUGAAUGAUUGAUCAGCAGCAGGGUUUACUGAAUGAAUGUGUCUUAAAACUAGAAACAAACCAAAAUUUAAAUGGAACACUGUGAAAAAAAAUCUUAAAAAAAAAAAAGGUGUAGUUAAAUUAUGUUGUCUUAGUUUUGUGUCACAGAUAAUAAAUCAGGAAACUGUAAACUAAACCUAGUCAACAACGACAGCUACUGACUGAUAUAAAAGACGAACAUAGCCUCCAAAAUGUGGUUUGUGGACGACCGGACCUAACAAACAAGCAGAGGAUCUAAUGGGAGAACCAGAGGAUGGUGAUUAGGAUUAGCAGCUUAGCAUCACACCGUCCUUUGUCGUCUAUUUUCCACUAAAUGGGAUCAAAGUUUGCAAAAUAAACAUCAUGCUGUAUUUCAAAGGCCUAAAACUAGAGGUUAAGACUAUAAAUCCAGGAGGAAAAUGUUUACAAACUGUAACAGAUUAAGUGAGAAUUUACACAGUCAGACGUGUUUUUGCAACCAGAGGAGUCGCCCCCUGCUGGCGGGUAGAAGGAGUGCAGGCUACGUCCACGUUUUAUGAACAGAUUGUGUUUGUACAUCGUGUUUUUUUCAAACUGUGUUGAAAUGACUCUGUUGUGUUUCUAUGUGGUGGGUAUGACCCGACUCCAGCCUCAUCUAAUGAUAACGUGAGCUACACGCUAAAAUAAAGGUUCUUCAACGGUC